AUGAAUCCGGACAACUUCACCCACAAGACGAACGAGGCGCUGGUGGCGGCGCACGAGACGGCGUCGGAAGCCGGCCACGCGCAGCUCACGCCGCUGCACCUGGCCGCGGCGCUGGCGGCGGACAAGAGCGGCAUCCUGCGGCAGGCCAUCGCGGGGGCGUCGGGGGGCGACGGAGCGGCCGGGGACUCGUUCGAGCGCGUGCUGAGCAACGCGCUCAAGAAGCUUCCGUCGCAGUCCCCGCCACCGGACUCCGUCCCGGCGUCCACGGCGCUGAUCAAGGCCAUCCGCCGCGCGCAGUCUGCGCAGAAGAAGCGCGGGGACUCGCACCUCGCCGUCGACCAGCUGCUGCUCGGCCUGCUCGAGGACUCGCAGAUCUCCGACUGCCUCAAGGAGGCCGGCGUGUCUGCGGCGCGGGUGCGCGCCGAGCUCGAGAAGCUCCGCGGCGGAGAGGGGCGCCGAGUGGAGUCCGCGUCCGGGGACACCAACUUCCAGGCGCUCAAGACGUACGGCCGCGACCUCGUCGAGCAGGCCGGGAAGCUGGACCCCGUCAUCGGCCGCGACGAGGAGAUCCGCCGCGUGGUGCGCAUCCUCUCGCGCCGCACCAAGAACAACCCCGUCCUCAUCGGCGAGCCCGGCGUCGGCAAGACGGCCGUCGUGGAGGGCCUCGCGCAGCGCAUCGUCCGUGGCGACGUGCCCAGCAACCUCCUCGACGUCCGCCUCAUCGCGCUUGACAUGGGCGCGCUCGUCGCGGGCGCCAAGUACCGCGGCGAGUUCGAGGAGCGGCUCAAGUCCGUGCUCAAGGAGGUGGAGGAGGCCGAGGGGAAGGUCAUUCUCUUCAUCGACGAGAUACACCUCGUCCUGGGCGCGGGCAGGACGGAGGGUUCCAUGGACGCUGCCAACCUGUUCAAGCCGAUGCUGGCGAGAGGACAGCUCCGGUGCAUCGGCGCCACCACGCUGGAGGAGUACCGCAAGUACGUGGAGAAGGACGCGGCGUUCGAGCGGCGGUUCCAGCAGGUAUUCGUCGCGGAGCCGAGCGUGCCCGACACCAUCAGCAUUCUGAGGGGGCUCAAGGAGAAGUACGAGGGCCACCAUGGUGUGAGGAUCCAGGACCGCGCCCUCGUCGUCGCGGCGCAGCUCUCCGCGAGGUACAUCAUGGGUCGGCACCUGCCUGAUAAAGCCAUCGACUUGGUGGACGAGGCCUGCGCCAAUGUGAGGGUGCAGCUCGACAGCCAGCCAGAGGAGAUUGAUAACCUCGAGAGGAAGAGAAUCCAGCUUGAAGUUGAGCUCCACGCGCUCGAGAAGGAGAAGGACAAGGCCAGCAAAGCCCGGCUGGUUGAGGUCAAGAAGGAAUUGGACGAUCUGAGGGACAAGCUGCAGCCCCUGACCAUGAAGUACAGGAAGGAGAAGGAGAGGAUCGAUGAGAUUAGGAAGCUCAAGCAGCGCCGCGAGGAGCUGCAGUUCACCCUGCAGGAGGCCGAGCGCCGGAUGGACCUGGCCCGCGUGGCCGACCUCAAGUACGGCGCCCUGCAGGAGAUCGACGCCGCGAUCGCCAAGCUGGAGAGCGAAACAGGGGAGAACCUGAUGCUCACUGAAACCGUCGGCCCUGAACAAAUUGCAGAGGUGGUGAGCCGGUGGACGGGUAUUCCAGUGACCCGGCUUGGCCAGAACGACAAGGAGAGGCUGGUGGGCCUGGCUGACAGGCUUCACCAGAGGGUGGUCGGCCAGACGGAGGCGGUGAACGCCGUCGCAGAGGCGGUGCUGAGGUCGAGAGCCGGUCUUGGCAGGCCACAGCAGCCGACCGGCUCCUUCCUCUUCCUGGGUCCGACUGGUGUGGGCAAGACCGAGCUGGCCAAGGCCCUUGCCGAGCAGCUCUUCGACGACGAGAACCUGCUUGUCCGCAUCGACAUGUCCGAGUACAUGGAGCAGCACUCGGUUGCUCGCCUCAUCGGAGCACCACCUGGCUACGUCGGCCAUGAAGAGGGUGGACAGCUGACUGAACAAGUGAGGAGGAGGCCGUACAGCGUGAUCCUCUUCGAUGAGGUGGAGAAGGCGCAUGUCGCGGUGUUCAACACCCUGCUCCAGGUCCUCGACGACGGCAGGCUGACGGACGGGCAAGGCAGGACGGUGGACUUCAGGAACACCGUGAUCAUCAUGACAUCGAACCUCGGCGCUGAACACCUCCUCGCCGGGAUGGUGGGCAAGAACUCCAUGAAGGUCGCUCGCGAUCUGGUCAUGCAGGAGGUGAGGAGGCACUUCCGCCCUGAGCUGCUGAACCGGCUCGAUGAGAUCGUGAUCUUCGAUCCUCUGUCCCACGAGCAACUGAGGAAGGUGGCUCGCCUUCAGAUGAAGGACGUCGCCGUCCGCCUUGCCGAGAGGGGCAUCGCUCUGGCCGUGACCGACGCCGCAUUGGACAUCAUCUUGUCUCUCUCUUACGAUCCGGUGUACGGUGCGCGGCCGAUCAGGAGGUGGAUCGAGAAGAGGGUGGUGACGCAGCUGUCGAAGAUGCUGAUCCAGGAGGAGAUCGACGAGAACUGCACCGUGUACAUCGACGCCGCGCCGGCCAAGGACGAGCUGGCAUACAGGGUGGACCGGAGCGGCGGGCUGGUGAACGCGGAGACGGGGCUCAAGUCGGACAUCCUGAUCCAGGUCCCCAACGACGCCGUCAGGAGCGACGCCGCGCAGGCCGUCAAGAAGAUGAGGAUCAUGGAGGAGGAGGAGGACGAGGGCGGCAUGGACGAGGAGUGA